AUGGUGGUUUUCUACCAGCAGUAUAUUGAGGACUGUUUUCGCAUUAGUAGACCCCUUUUUGCUUUAACAUCAGGCAUGAGGAAACCGAGGCAUCCCAGAGACCAGAAAUGUGCAUGGUAUGAUCUGGUGGUGAAGAAGGGAGAUUCAGUCACUCUAUACUCUGAUCUCACUCACGUGAAGUAUACUCCACAGAUUCAGUGGUGCUUUGGUAAUCAAAACACUUUAAUCGCUGAAAUCAUUGAGCAGGCCGACAGAUUCACUGUGUAUGAUGAUGUUCUUGAUGGGAGAUUCAGAAACAGAUUGAAGCUGGACAAUCAAACUGGAUCUCUGACCAUCACCAACACCACAUCUGAACACGCUGGAGAAUAUAGAAGAUACAAGGGAGUGUUUCUUCUCUGUAUUUGUGGCGAAACAGAAGAAAUAUCAGCGACGGAGGGAGAUUCAGUCACUCUCCACUUUAAUCAGACUGAAAUCAGAGGAAAUUUCAAGGUACUUUGUAAGUCUGAAACAGAAAAUGAGUUCACUUUUGUCAAUUAUAGUCUGUUUGAGAGAUUCAGAGAAAGAGUGGAGCUGGACAAUCACACUGGAUCUCUGACCAUCACCAACACCAGACCUGAAGAUGCUGGACUUUAUAAACUGGACUUUAAGACAUCAAAAGCAUUCAGAGUUUCUGUCUACGCUCGUCUGCCGCUUCCUGUCAUCAGCAGUAACUGCUCUUCAUCAUCUUCAUCUUCCUCAAACUGCUCACUUUUGUGUUCGGCGGUGAACGUGAGUCACGUGACUCUCUCCUGGUACAGAGGAAACAGUUUAUUGUCCAGCAUCAGUGCGUCUGAUCUCAGCAUCGGUCUCUCUCUACCUCUGGAGGUGGAACAUCAGGAUAAAAACAUCUACAGCUGUGUGAUCAACAACCCCAUCAGAAACCAGACUCAACAUCUGGACGUCAGCAGACUCUGUCACACGUGUUCAGACUCUCAACACUGUUGUGGUUUUACUGAAGCUGUGAUCCGAUUGGUCCUCUCCGCUCUGGUGGGCGUGGCUACUGUCCUUAUUCUUGUGUAUCACAUCAGAUGCAGAAGAGCUGAACAUGAACAAACACAUAUUCACCCAACAGGAAGUACUGACAUCUAA